GCCUGGCAGGGAAGGGGUGGGUCCCUGUCGGUUCCCGGUAUGGGCGGGUCCCGCCCUGUUCCCGGUGUUGCCGGGACCGUGGCCAGCUCCAUGUCCCGCAGGGCCAUGGGGCAGCCCCGUCGCAUCACCGACUCCUUCCCGCGGCGGCGGCAGCAGCGGGGCCCGGGGCGACCCCCGGGCAGGCUCAAGGAAAAGGACAAGGACAAGGCGCAAGUGAAGGCGAAGGUGCGGGACUGCCCCCGCGCCCCCUCGCAGCGACCGCCGGACCCGGCGCUCCUGGAAAUGCUGCGGCGCUUCGACCUCUGCUGGGAAUACGGACCCUGCACCGGGAUCACCCGCCUGCAGCGCUGGGAGCGGGCACAGGCGCUGGGGCUGAGCCCCCCCGGCCCCAUCCGGGACGCGCUCCUGGAGCACCGGGACAACCCCGAUGUCACCUACAGUCCGAAUUCCGGGCCUAGGCCGCAGCGGUUGCCAUGGCAAGCCGGAAGCGGAGACCCCCGCGCACGGCGAUCCGCGGCGCAACCCCGCACAGCUGAGCCCGCCACCCGCACCUGCCUGGUCCAAUCAGCGCUCGGGAACCGCGGCGCCUCCGCCAAUGGCGAGCCGGGGGGGAAUGAAGAAGGGAACUCGGGCAGCAGCCAAGCAACACCAAGUUACUCUGCAACCAGUGGCAAAGUGUUCCUGCUUGGCUGUUUGUUGCCCUGCAGCCAGAAGAGCCCAGCCCUGAGAUGGCUCCGUGUUGGUGUGAGCCACAGUCGGUGUCACCUGCCCUUGGGACAGUGCCCAGAGCUCCCUUUGCCAUCCCCUGCUGCAGGGUGGGAGCUGCACAGAGCCAGCAGCGUCCAGCUGGAGGAUCCAGGAGGAUGCAGCUCUGCUUUUCUGGGAGGGACACUGAGCUGGUCCAGCUGUGCCAAGAAGAGCAAGUGGGCUGUGAAGGUUUGGAGCAGUCUGGAAGGUUCCUUUUGCCCAAAAGAUCCUGGCAAGUGCAGCCCUGGAAGAGUCAGGAAUAAUGAAAAGUGUCCCAGUUCUCCUGAAGCUCAACUUUGUAAAACAUUCAUGAAGAUCAAAUUCCUCAGCAACGAGCUGUUGGGUCCCAAAUACUCUUGGAGGGAGAGGCAGAAACUCCCCCUGGUGCUGGGGCUGAACUGUCUGCAGUGACCAGGCAGGACUUGGCCCUGAUGCCUGAGUGCUCUCCAGUGCUCCAGGCUGGCUCCCACCUGUCAGCCCCUUGCUCCAUAACUUGAGGAGAGAGUGUUCCUGCAAGCCCAGCUGCUGUGUUGGUAGUCCUGUGUGCACCUCUUGCCCUGGCCUGCUGUGACUGUAUUUGUGUUGC